AUGGUAACAGUGCGCCGCGUUGUGUUCUUGUUGGCUGCUGCUCUUUGCUGCACGGCCUUGUGCGUGACGGCUGCUGCGACUGAGAGGGCGGCAUCGCAGACUGAUGAGGAGGCUGCAAUGGCCGCGAUGAGUGCCGAGGAGCUUGUUGCGGCGGCUGUGGAGAAGGCAAAGGCUGCGUCUGCGGAUGCGGAGAAUGUCGCCCAGAGCACGUUCGAUGUCUCUACAGCGGUCCUGGAAGAGGCGAUGACGUCUGAGGGUGCGGCGGAGCGAAUUUUGCGGCAAAAGAGUGUCAGCAGGGAUGAAUCUGCAGNGCAGACUGAUGAGGAGGCUGCAAUGGCCGCGAUGAGUGCCGAGGAGCUUGUUGCGGCGGCUGUGGAGAAGGCAAAGGCUGCGUCUGCGGCUUCCCGGGAUGUUGUGCGGAAUACCUUCGCUGUGUCAGCCGCGGUCAGGAAAGAGGCGAUGACGUCUGAGGGUGCGGCGGAGCGAAUUUUGCGGCAAAAGAGUGUCAGCAGGGAUGAAUCUGCAGCGAGUGCCGCGAUGAAUGCAAGGAAGGCUGCUGCACCGGCAUGGGUGACUGCAAUCAUGGGCGUUGUGAAGGCGAAGGCUGCGCUGCAGAAAGCCACGGAUGCGUCUGUGGCCGCUGCGAUGGCGGAGGCGAAGGCUGCGCUGGAGGCGACGGGCGUGGAGGCCGAUGCGAGGAACGCCGGGGACGCGGCGGAGCAGGCAGUUGCGGCAGCAGCGAAGGCCCUGCAGGCAGUGACGAUGGCGAACGAGGCAGCGUGGGAGGCGAAGAAGACGUCGGAGCGCGUCGCGCAUGCCGCAUUGUAC